AUGAAGAUGAAUUAUAUUCAUAUUUUCUCUUUUUUCUCACUUGCCAGCGCGGUCUCUAAGAAUUAUUGUCCGCUGCUAGGCCCAGUUUACCCUACUCCCAAGAGCCUAGGCACCGAUUCAGCCUUUCAUGCAGCCAAGCAAAACAUAUCCAGUACUUUAGAUGCUGUGGUCGCUGGAAAUUCAUCCCUUCUAGGCUCAACCUACAACACCAACACAACCUCGCUCUCAGUGCAGCUCUGGUCUACAAAUGAUUCGACGCCCCUUUUCGAGUAUUAUUAUACAUCUCCAUUGACCAGGAGUUCAAGCAUCGGUGUCACCGACGUUGAUGAGGAUACUGUAUUUCGCAUCGGUAGCGCAUCAAAGUUGUUGACUGUAUUACUGCUACUCAUCGAGAAGGGCGAUGUAGUCUUGUCUGACCACGUCGUGAAAUGGGUCCCGGAACUCGCAGAUGCGGCGAAACAGCUGCGCUGUAAUGCUACUGAUCGAUGGGAUAGAAUCGACCAUGUGCAGUGGGAAGAAUUAACGCUUCGUGAUCUGGCAACUCAGCUUUCAGGUAUCAGUCGAGAUUAUGGAUUCGGUGAUCUAGCCGCAUCUGGAGUUGAUCUUACGGCAUAUGGGUUUCCUCAACCCUCUGAAGCCCCGCCAUGCGGAGGUAUACUGACUGGUGUUUGUGACAGAGCUCAAUUUUUCCGAGGCCUGUUGCAAGAACACCCUUCCUUUCCUAUCUCAUACACACCCAGCUACUCGAAUGCUAAUUUUGAGAUUCUCGGGUUUGUUUUGGAGGCGAUGACCAACACGACAUAUGAAACUCUGCUUCACAGAGACCUUGUCGAGCCACUCGGCCUAAAACACCUCACAUACUCGGCUCCAGCAGAUAAGUACGGGAUCAUCCCAUGGGAUGCCGCGACCAGUUACUGGGCCGUCAAUACGGGGGCUGAAACACCUGCUGGUGGUCUUUAUGCAUCAACCAAAGACGUGACGACCCUCGGCCGAGCCAUUCUCAACAACCAUCUCCUCUCCCCAGCCCAUACUCGACGGUGGAUGAAACCAGCCACACACACUGGCUCCCUAGACUUCUCCGUCGGGGCUCCCUGGGAGAUUUUGUCAUUCCCUACCUCCCGAGUGGUAGAUGUGUACACCAAGUCCGGCGAUCUCGGGAGUUAUUCAAGUAUGCUUGGGUUGUUGCCUGAUCACAGCUUUGGCUUCACUAUUUUAGCUGCAGGAAACAGUACGUCAGCGGUUGUGCAAGCGGUCUUGCUGUCCAUGAUGGAAACGCUAGUUCCUGCCUUAGACGCGGCGGCGAAAGAGGAAGCUGCACUUCGAUUCACAGGUAUUUAUACACAUAAUAGUACAAACUCGUCAAUUGUGAUCACGACUGACGAGGGGCCGGGUCUGAAUGUCGAGGCCUGGGUGAAUGACUCGGUGGAUAUAAUUCAGAGUAUCGGAUUGUUGGAGGGCUAUACUGCUGCACCUUCGAUUCGUUUGUAUCCUACAGGGUUGGAAAAUGCGGACCAAUUAUCGUUUGUUGCGAUCAUCCAGCAACUCGGUAGUCAGCCGAAUGGCGUGCCUUGCACUGAUUGGUUUGUGGUAGACUCAACAGUAUAUGGGAAUGUCGGGUUGGAUGAGUUUUUGUUUGAUCUUGACAGCGCUGGGAAUGCGGUGGCUGUAUCGCCGCGUGUAAUGCGAACGGUACUUCAUAAGUCAUUUUAG